GCCUCGCUUGCGCACUCAAAAACUCAAAAAGAUUUUUAAUUUAGUUUAAUUUCAUCCUAUUAUUAUCGUCGUCAUCAUCAUCAAGGCAAAAAAGAGUCAAACGCUUUGCUUUCUCUCUUCUCGCCGUCUCCCGAUUUCUCUCUCUUGCUUUCUUUCUCUCUCUAUCUGCUAAAGAGUUUGGUGGCAAGCUUGUAAAUUUGUACUAGUUAUUUAUUUGGGAGUUGAAUAAAGUUGGAAUAGAGUUGGUUGGUUAAGUUCGUGUAAGGGACUGGUAGCAGAAGUAUUGGGAGCUUACUUGUGAGCUGUGUAAUUACACCAUUGAGCUUUGAUUCCGGGAGCUUUGGUAUUAUUAAGCCUGCUGUGAUUAGACUAGAGAUACGUUUUUUGGGGACUUAUGUUGGUAACUGCUUCAACGGCUCAUGGUCAGUGAUAGUUCACAGAGUAACUUGCAAUGGUAUGGUUAGAGGCAUUAUGCCGGAUAUUGUAGGGAGAAAUGCAAAGGUAUCCUGCUACCAGCUUUGGCAGUGGAGUCAGUAACAAUACAGUUGGUGGGGCAUCUUCUAGGGAAAAUGCAAGGGUAGACUCAGGCUUUUCGACAUCAAACUUCUCUUUGAAUUCCAGGCGAUCAUCACCAUUAAUACCAUACAAGCUUAGAUGUGAUAAAGAACCUCUUAAUAAUCGACUUGGGCCACCUGAUUUCCAUCCACAGACUCCACACUGCCCAGAAGAGACUCUAACUAGGGAAUAUCUUCAAUCUGGAUACAAGGGAACUGUUGAGGGAAUCGAGGAAGCUAGAGAGAUCGUACUGACCCAGGCUACACAUUUCUCAAAUUCUGAGGUCAUCUUAAAAUGCAAAGAGGCAAUUCGGAAACGUCUCAGACUUAUCAAUGAAUCUCGUGCUCAGAAGCGAAAGGCUGGCCAGGUUUAUGGAGUGCCUCUUUCCGGUCCAUUACUGAUAAAGCCAAGUGUUUUCCCCGAUCAAAGGCCAUGUGGUGAAGAUUUUCGUAGAAAAUGGAUAGAGGCUUUAUCACAGCAGCAUAAAAGAUUGCAUUCUUUGGCUGACCAUGUCCCUCAUGGUUAUCGAAAGAAAUCUCUCUUUGAAGUACUCAUUCGUUAUAACGUUCCAUUACUAAAAGCUACAUGGUUUAUUAAAGUUACUUAUCUUAAUCAGGUUCGCCCUGCCACCACUAGUGUUUCAUCUGGAACACCUGAUAAAGCACAAUUUGCUCGUAGUGAGUUGUGGACCAAGGAUGUCAUUGAGUACAUGGGCCAGCUCUUGGAUGAUAUUUUCCCAAAAGAUGGUUUAUCAGCACAGCACCGACCUGACUCAGCCUCUGCUAUCUAUGAUGUUGAAGAGCCUUCCUUGCAGUUUAAAUGGUGGUACAUGGUUCGUCUUUUAAACUGGCAUUAUGCGGAAGGUCUUCUUCUUCCUUCUGUUAUCAUUGAAUGGGUCCUUAAUCAACUUCAGGAAAAGGAGUCAGCUGAAGCUUUAGAGUUGCUUUUGCCUGUUGUAUGUGAUUUUAUUGAGGGUAUAUCACUCUCACAGACUUAUGUACGGACUUUCGUGGACAUAGCUGUUCGAUCCAUUAAUGAUCUUUGUCCAGCUGGUUCGAGUUUAUUAGAUGAUCCAAAAAUUCCAUCCCUCGCUUCAGCCUUGACCGAGAUGCUUCAUUAUUUGAUAAUUGCUGUGCCUGAUACCUUUGUGGCGUUGGAUUGUUUUCAGAUUCCGAGCUGUGUUUUUCCUGAUAUAAGGUUCAGAAAUGCUUUGAAAAGGACGCCUGAUCAUGAAGAUGAUGAUCACAUAGACAAAGAAGAUACUUAUUUUCGAUACUUAUCCGUUGGGUAUGUGAUUUCCACUGUUCAGAAACGUGCUUCUAAUUUUGCAAAGAUCGUCAAUCCUAGCUUUCAUGGCCUCGGUGCAGCAAAAGUUAUUCAGGUCUUAGAUAAAGCUCUGUUGGUAGGAGAUUUGAGGUCUGCUUACAGUUCUCUUUUCGGAGAUUUGCCUGAUGGGAUUACUGAAGAACGAUGGAUGACAGAAGUUAGUCCAUGUUUGCGGUCUUCGUUGAAGUGGAUUGGGGCUGCUAGCUUGUCUCUUAUUUGUUCUGUAUUUUUCCUAUGUGAGUGGGCAACAUGUGAUUAUAGGGACUUUCGGACUUCCCCGCCUCAUAAAAUGAAGUUUACAGGUGGAAAGGAUUUUGCACAAGCAUACAUGGCGGUGCUGCUCCUAAAGCUUAAAAAGGAAGAGAUGCAUAAGGCACUCGACUCUAAGAGUGCCAAUGAUAUCAGUGACACAUCUGUUUCUUUGCAUGAUAAUGUUUUUGGUCAAGCUAUACUAGAAACUGCUUCUGUUGGAAAUCAUAUGAAGAACUCAGCUGAUAGAAAGAGAAGCACAGAUGUUUUCCAAAGUCCUGAUCCAUUGCAUGAUAUUAUUGUUUGUUGGCUGGAUCAGCAUGAGACUGGGAGGGGUUUCAGAAGUUUCAAGCGACUUCAAGUUCUUGUUGUUGAACUAAUACGUAAUGGCAUCUUUUAUCCUCAGGCUUACUUAAGGCAAUUAAUAGUCAGUGGAAUUAUGGAUCAGAAGGAGACUUCAUUUGACAUGGAAAAACGACAAAGACAUCAGCGAAUUCUAAAGCAGCUGCCUGGGUCCUGUUUGCUUGAUGUCCUAGAAGAAUCCCAAACUGUAGAAGCUGGAGUGCUGUAUGAGACUGCCCGUAUUUACUCAAGUGAACGGAGACUUGCCCUUCACGGAUUUCUCAGUGAUUGUGCCAGUCAUUCGAGCACUAGCAUGAGUUUAGUUUUGCAAAACCAAAAGAACCUUUCAGCUUCUGUUAAAGAUGGUACUACUUCAUCUACUUUGUUCAAGUCGUGUAGAAAAUCAAAUGUUUCAUCAUCUUGUAAGCCUUCUAAAACAAAGAAGCAAGUUGCAGAAUUAAAGGGCUUGAUUUCAACUUUGUUUUGUCUGCCAUAUUCUUGUUCCAUGCCAACUGAAGCCAAUGCUGAUGAAUCUUUUGAGAGUAUGAAAAGACCUUUGAGCUCUUUUGGCAUCAAGGUUGAGGCUGAAGCUACCCCGGGUUGUGAGGAAUGUAGGAAAGCCAAGAGACAAAAGUUAGGCGAAGACAGGAGUUCUUCCUAUCAAGUGUUUUCUUCAAACCAGUCAGAUGAUGAGGAUACUUGGUGGGUGCGAAAGGGGCCAAAAUCCCAAGAUCCAUUUAAGGUUGAUCCACCACUUAAGUUGGCCAAAAAUGCCUCAAGAGGUAGACAGAAGAUGGUGCGCAAAACUCAAAGUCUUGCACACUUGGCUGCUGCUAGGAUUCAGAGUAGCCAAGGGGCAUCUACUAGUCACAUAUGUGAUAACAAAAUAAGUUGCCCCUAUCAUAGAUCUGGUACAGAGGGUGAAGUUCCUAGAGAUAUUGAGCAGAAAGCUCUACCUCUUGGUGAAAUUGGGAAGUGUCUAAAACAGCUUAGGCUACUGGAAAAACGGUCAAUUUCAACUUGGUUACUGACAUUAAUGAAACGCCUGCUGGAAGGAAAUGAUAAGUCUACUUCGAAGCAGAGUAAUUACAGUGGUGCCUUCUCUGUUUCAUCGGAUGAUAGGAAUGCUGGACAGUGGAGACUUGGUGAAAAUGAGCUGUCUGCCAUCUUGUACAUAUUGGAUAUUUCCUGUGACUUGAUUUUGGCCGUCAGGUUCAUUUUAUGGUUGUUGACAAAGAUUGGUAGUUCACCAAGCAGUACGGUCUAUAUAGGAAGAACGGCCAUGAUCCUACCAAAAAGGAGGGAAGCCCAUACCAUUCAAGUUGCAGAGGCAUUUCUAUUAUCAGCUCUUCAAAGGUAUGAGAACAUAAUUGUAGCAGCAGACCUUUUGCCAGAAGUUCUAGCCGCUGCAAUGCAUCGAACUGUUUCUAUGAUGGCCUCAAAUGGAAGAUCUAUUACUUCAGCAGCUUUUACUUUUGCUCGAAAUUUGCUCAACAAAUACAGAGAAGUUGCUAGUGUAGUAAAAUGGGAAAAGAAGUUUAGAUCUACAUGCGAUCAAAGACUGCUUGCAGAACUUGAUGCAGGACGGACGUUAGAUGGGGAUUUAGGAUUUUCGUCUGGGGUCUCUGCUAGUAUGAAUGAUUUUGAUGAUUAUUUUCGUCAAAAGAUGAGUGGAAGGACGUCACGAACUGUAUCGAUCAUGAAACAAAUAGUCCAAGGACAUGUUGAGGAAUCUGUUCACUAUUUCUAUGGAAAAGAGAGGAAGGUUUCAACUGGGGGAACUUCUAAAAGCCCUCCUGAAAAAUGGGAUGAUGCUUAUCAGGUAGCUCAAGACAUUGUUCAAGGGCUAGUAGACUGCAUUCGGCAAAAUGGUGGUGCAACUCUGGAAGGGGAUCCUUCCAUAGUGGCCUCUGCUGUUUCUGCAAUUAUUAAUAGUGUGGCACCAGCUGUAUGUAAACUGUUAGAUAUGAGUACAAACAACUACCAAAAUGUUUCAUCUUCAAUGAGUUCACGUAGUUUUGUUGGGCACAUUCUACACAUUCAUAUAGCUUCUCUGUGCUUGCUUAAAGAUGCGCUUGGAGAACGUCUUGGCCGUAUAUUUGACCUAGCUUUGGCAUCUGAAGCCUCUUCCAUAGUUUCUGGAGCUUUUAUUUCUGGAAAGGCUCAUCGUAGUCAAUUUCAAUCUUCUCCUGAAACCCAUGAUAUGAGUCCAAACCUUUCAAAUGAAAAUCUGAACAACUCUGGUAAGUUACAUGCUGGAAAGACUACAAAAGCUGCUGCAGCUGUAUCUGCUCUUGUUAUUGGGGCGAUUGUUCAUGGAGUUGUUAGUCUCGACAGGAUGAUAGUCAUUUUGAAGUUAAAGGAAGGCUUGGAUGCCCUACAUUUCAUUAGAAGUACUAGGACCAGUUCAAAUGGGAUGCUACGUGGUGGUUUCAAACUUGAACAUUGUGUUGAAGUAUAUGUACAUUGGUUUCGGUUGCUUGUUGGUAAUUGCAGAACUGUUUUUGAUGGAUUAGUCGCAGAUAUUGUGGGUGAACCUUACAUCUUAGCUCUUUCAAGGAUGCAGCGGAUGCUUCCUCUCAGUUUGGUUUUUCCUCCUGCAUAUUCAGUAUUUGCCAUGGUCAUUUGGAGACCAUAUGUUCUCAACAACAAUACUGCAACCCGUGAAGACAUCCAACUGUAUCACAAUUUAUUCUUGGCCAUUGGUGAUGCUAUCAGACACUAUCCAUUCCGAGAUUUGUGUUUACGGAACUCUCAGGCCUUCUAUGAUCUUCUAACUAGUGACAGUGGGGACUCCGAGUUUGCUGCAAUGCUUGAAUUGCAUAAUCCUGACAAACACUUGAAAACAUUGGCAUUUGUUCCUCUUCGUGCAAGGUUGUUUUUAAAUGCCAUUAUUGAUUGUAAAAUGCCUCCCUUUACUUUGUUAGAGGAAGAUGGAUCGUGGGUAACUAGGCCUAUUGAAGCAAGAGAAACUGAGGGAAAACUUGUGGAUAAGGUUGUGCAUAUUUUUGAUGCGCUGCAGCCUGCAAAGUUUCAUUGGCAGUGGAUGGAGCUAAGGUUUCUUUUGAAUGAGCAAGCUUUUAUUGAAAAAGUUGAAACUAAGGACAUGUCCUUUGUGGAGGCCAUUCGAUCAUUAUCUCCUAAUGCUGAAAAUUUUGCAAUUUCUGAAAGUGAGAAGUUUUUAUCUGAAAUUGUUUUAACAAGAAUACUUGUCAGACCUGAUGCAGCACCACUCUAUGCAGAAGUUGCCCGUCUACUUGGAAGAUCAUUGGAGGAGUCACUAGUAAUGGAUAUAAAAUGGAUUUUAGCUGGUAGUGAUGUUCUAUCUGGACGCAAAUCAAUCAGGCAGCAACUUUUAUCUGUUGCUCAGCGCAAAGGUCUUUCAACUAAAGCCCAGUUCUGGAAACCAUGGGGCUGGUCAAGUUUUAUGGCAGAUGUUGCGGCAAAUAAGGUUGAUAGAAAUAAACCAGAACCUGUUUCAAUUGAAGAAGGAGAAGUUAUAGAUGAAUCCAUAAACGUCAAGAGGCCUGGAAAAAUCAGCUCAUCUUCACUUGAUGCUGAAGGCAGCCAGCAGUAUGUUACUGAGAAAGCACUGGCAGAACUAAUAUUUCCCUGUAUAGAUCGGAGCUCAAGUGACUUGCGCAAUUCAUUUGCUGCUGAGUUGAUAAAGCAGAUGAGUACCAUUGACCAACAAAUAACCAUACUUGUGCAUGGUGGCAUUAAGCAUGGCAACAAUAUCUCAUCUGGUGUUGAAAUUUCUUCCAACAAAGGCGGUAGUCGCAAGGGUAUGCGUGGUGGAAGCCCUGGAAUGGGUAGACGACCAACAGGAGUGGUUGAUUGCUCUCCACCCUCCCCCGCAGCUCUUAAAGCAUCUAUGUGGUUGCGGUUGCAGUUCAUUGUGAGACUUCUUCCUAUUGUAUACGCUGAUAGGGAACCCUCUCCAAGAAACAUGAGGCACACACUUGCCUCUAUUAUACUCCGGUUUCUUGGAAGCCGUUUCAUUCAUGAGGAUGCAGACCUAUCUCUUUCUACGAUGGCUAUUUCUCGUAAGAAGAGGGAAUCACAGUGUAAUGCAGGAGCUUUUACAGUUGCCUUGGAUCAUUCUGGUCUCAACCUCUUUGACAUGCUUUUAUCUGUUCUACAUGGUUUGCUUGGAAGCUGCAAACCUAGUUGGUUGAAGCCCAAGUCAUCCUCCAAGUCGACUGUCAAAUCUCCUCGAGAUUUGUCUGCUUUCGAUCGCGAGUUAGCAGAGAGCUUGCAGACUGAAUUGGACCGUAUGGAGCUUCCUAUUACAGUAAGGAGGCGUCUUCAGGCUGCCAUGCCAAUUUUACCUCCUUCUGUCCCUUUCUCUUUUUCUUGCCAACCUCCAACACUGUCUGCAACAAUCCCUUCUUCACUGAAUCCCUGCAUACCAGCUCCUUCCGCUAUAACCCCAAGAUUAGUCCAUACACGCCCUUCCGCCAACUUAUCUGCCAAAAACAAGGCAUUAGCUUCGAUGGACUCGGAAAUGGAAAUUGAUCCAUGGACUUUGCUUGAAGAAGGUACAGUGUCUGCUUCUGCCUCUAAUAGCAGCAGCAAUAUGGGUACUGUUAAUGGAGAUCAUGCCAAUCUCAAGGCCUGCAGCUGGCUUAAAGGUGCUGUGAGAGUGAGGAGAACAGAUCUCACAUAUGUUGGAACAUUGGAUGACGAUAGCUAACCCCUUUUCUUUUGUACAAUUAUUUUGGCGGUGGAAGACUUAGCAGCAAGCAGCCUCAUAGGUCCAGUACUCCUGAGCUUGGUAAAGAAAUUUUUUCAAGGGCGGAAUGUAAUAUAUAUACUAUAUAUAUAUAUAUAUAUAUAUAUAUAUAUAUAUAUAUAUAUAUAUAUAUAUAUAUAUAUACUGAAAAUGAGAAUGAAAGCCGCUGUUGUUCUCAGCUGACCGGUUUGUGCAGGGCCAGGUAAACUAACACAUAGAAGCUGUGCCCAUUUUGCUGCCAUUCUUUUGCCAAGGCUGUUGUAUAUAUUAGAGUUAAUUAUUUUUUUCCCCUCAAUUCAUCUUAGAAAUAGUCUGUAGCUCUUUCAAGCAGCCUCAUUUUAUAUCAUGAAUGAUGAUGUACCAUUUUGAUAAAAAAAAGGUGGCCUUUGGUGUUUCA